AUGGCGGAACGGAGCAUCAGUUAUCACUACAUCUCUCUCCUUGUUUCUCCACUCCGUCGGGAUGAUAGCUGGGGUCUGGUCACUUAUCGCGAUCUCGAACAGCGCCUAGUCGCCACAAAGGCUCACUGGAAGCGGGCCUUGGCUCCUCUCGAGCUCAAGCCACUCGACAUUGUGGGGCUCUGGCUAACCGGAAGCAAGCUCUCCGACGCGAUAAAUAGCAUCGCGAUAUCCGCGCUUGGGUACACACCUCAGUUCUUCAGCGCAUACUUCGAAGACGUCCAAACUAUAGCUGAGCUGCUAUCUGAGAGCGGGGGCAAGGCAUUGAUUGUAGACUUGUCCUACGGCAGCAAAGUGGACGUUGCCACGACGCCCCUUCCUGUCCCCCACUUCACUGCUCUGGACGACGCACAGAUCGCGCAGGGCGUCUCGACCAUCACGGAAGGGGGGGCACACCACGUGGAAGCGACAUUCAGCCCCGAUGCUCCUGUGGGCCCGGAUGACAUCGCGGCGCUGUUCCACUCGUCCGGCACGACGGGUGGGCGCCCAAAGAUCAUCCCAAACACAUACAAGAUGCUCAACGCGGUGAUCUCCCGCAAACUUCCCGCAGCUGGCCUAUCCGGCUCAUCCGCGGACGGAGAGCAAACCGUCCUGAACACGCUCGGGAGCCUGGUCAAUAUCGCGACAUUCCAUGUGUUUCUUGGAUGCAUUUACGCCGGAGCGUGUAUGGUUCAAUCGUCUUCCUUGGCAAUCGCCCCACAGGAGUUCGUUGGCAUGACGCGCGCAUGCUCCCUCAACCGCCUCGCCGUGUACGCCACAUUCCUUUCGAGCCUGAUCAGAGCUGCAAAGCAGGACGACGCAGUCAAAGUCUCUUUGCAAAGUCUUCGCGACAUCUUCCACACCGGAGUAGCCCUCAACAAGGAAGAUGAGGAAUGGGCUUACGUCAAUGGGUUGCAAGUGAUAAACUCCUACUCGACUACCGAAACUGGUCCUCUGCUGAGAGCCGGCAGUGGACCCGACGCGUCCUCCAGACUCCUCCGGCCCCUGGCUGGAUCCCACGCCGUCUUCCUCCCAGACGCCAACUCCGAGGACAGCUCUGACGGACCGCAGCUGUACGAGCUCGCAGUGCCCUCCGGGGUGGAUGAAUGCCCGCCGGCCGAGUUCUGCGGCGCAGAUGGGUACUACCACACGAAAGACCUCUUCGAGCGCGUCGACGACGGAUGGGUGUACCGCGGCCGCGCCGGCGACUGGAUCAAAGUCGUGUCCGGGUUCUGUGACACCAAGAACAUGGAAGACACCGUGCGCAAAGCCUGCCCCGAGCUGGUACACGACGUCGUCGUGGUCGGUAGCGGGCGUGCCUUUCCGUGCUUGAUCGUCGAGAGUGCGGUCGACGGACUCGCUGACGAGAAACGACCUGCGGUGGCUGAAGAGAUCAUGAAGAGGACUUCGGAGCUCAACAAAAGCCUGUACGCUCAUGAGCGCAUCCAGGACCCCCGUCGAGUUCUAGUCGUAGAGAAAGGAACGCUGCCGCGCACCCGGGAGAAGGGAAAUAUCAGGAGGGGCACCACGGAAGAGAUGUUUGCGCAGCAGCUCAGUGCCAUCUACGCGCCUGCUUGAGCGCGCGAAGAGAUUGCAUGCGACUUUGUACGACCAGAAGUGCCCUUCAGCGAAUCAAACGUAUCCAAA